GCUUGCAGGACGGAUUGCGUUUCAGUCGUACCACGCCAGCCGGCUCAACAUCAACUCAACAUCUGCACCAGAAACGAGGCCGAAAGGUCAGGCGGUUUCCUCAUCCUGCUCCUCCGGGGAACGCGUCCAGCAGAAUCACGCAAGAGAGUCCAACAUCCAAAAUGCCUGCAGACUUCAGUGGAACCUGGGAGAUUGUCAGCAAUGUCAACUUUGACGGCUACAUGGUGGCACUCGGUGUUGAUUUUGCGACCCGAAAAAUCGCCUCGCUGCUGAAGCCCCAGAAAGUGAUCAAGCAAGACGGAGACCAUUUCACAAUUAACACGCUGACUUCCUUCAGAAACUAUGAGUGCUCCUUCAAAACUGGACAAGAGUUCACAGAGCUGACUAAAGGAAUGGACAACCGAACAUGCCAGACUGUGGUCAACUGGGAAAACGACAGGCUGGUCUGUGUUCAGAAAGGAGAAAAAAGAAACAGGGGUUGGACUCACUGGAUUCAGGGAAAUGAACUUCAUCUGGAACUCACAUGUGAGGAUCAAGUCUGCAAGCAAAUUUAUAAAAAGUCUAAGUGAUCAAUAUUGUACUUUUAGUGUUAUUUCUACUAAAACUGCUUAACCACACACUCCAGAUGGAACACAUAAUAAAGAACAUUGUGUUCUC